ACAAGCUUCAAGCAAGCCAUGCACAGAACACCAGAUAACACUAGCUUCCAGAAUUAAACCAUUCAUAAAAAUGGCUAACCCCCCGGCGCAACCAGUGAUGAGGCAACGCGGUUCGUUCAAUCUGGUCCGGUGCAUUGCGAUAAUCUUGCUAGCACUCAUUGUCAUUGUGGGUCUAGCCAUACUCAUUACUUGGCUAGCCAUCAAGCCUAAGAAGCUCGAUUACACAAUUGAAGAUGGUUCCGUCCACGAUUUCAACCUGAACUACAACCAUCUCAAUGGCUCGUUCGAUUUCCUCAUAAGAGCCCACAACCCAAACGGUAAGCUCUCCAUGUACUAUGACUCAAUUGAGGUCUCAUUGGCUUAUGGCCAUCAAACCAUUGCGUUCAACACUCUUGAGCCCUUCCAUCAACCUCAUAAGAAUGUGACUCGAUUAAGAACAAACCUCGUGGCUCGGGACAUAUCGCUGUCGCAAGGCGCGGCUCGGGACAUGAGGCUUGAUAAGGCAUCGGGAGAGGUUGAAUUCUAUGUCAAGUUGAAGGCAAGGAUCCGGUAUAAGGUCGGAGCGAUCAAGUUGAGGCAUCAAACGUUGAAGGUCUCGUGUUCCCCCUUGUUGCACUUUUCUAAGUACAAGACUUUCGAGAGGACUUAUUGUGACACCGAUCUUUAAAGCUUUUUCCAUCGAUUGUUUUCUAUAAUCUAUUAAUUUUCUUCUUCUUUUUUUCUUCGUUUAGUGUGAUUUAUAUGCUAAUUUAAUUUGUUGUUUGUAUUGUUGGUUCUUGCAUAUGAUUUUGUAUUGUGAAGGAUUUGGUUCGUUAAGAAAAUUUAGUUGAAGUGUCAAUAGUUUCUAUUUUGUUUUUCUGUCCAAUGUCCAUGAUAAGGACUUGGCCAUCAUAUAUGUAUUCCAUAAUGUUCAUUAGAGCAAUCACAAUGAUA